AUGACUUCGGCUCUGUCUUAUAUCAAGCCGAACACAUGGCUUUUCCUACGCUUGCCUUCCAAGUCGCUGAAGAUAUUAGAGAUCAAGCCUAAUACGAUCAUCGACGCGGGCAAACUCGGCUCUUUCCCUUCCAACCUGUUGCUCGGUCGACCCUACUAUUACACAUACGAGAUACUAGAGAAACGAGAAGAUGAGGCGUGCAGCAGGCUACGCAGAGUACCGCCCAGCGAGCUCAAUGCUGAGAUUGUAAACGAAGAUGCAACGCCCAACGAAAGUAGGGGCGAGCCGACUACGCCGAGUGGUGUGCCUGUUGCGUUCGAGAUGACGGAAGAUAUCGCUGUCGAGACGAAGACAAAUCGCCUAACAGUGGACGAUGCUAACCGGCAGGCAUUAUCCCAGGCGGAGAUUGAAGAGAUGAAGAGAAGCACAGCCGGCAAGGAAAUAAUAGAGAAGAUCCUUGCAAAUCACUCAGGUCUGGAUGAGAAGACAGUGUUCUCACGCGCAAAGUACCUGUUGCGGAAGAGGAACAAAUACCUGCGGCGCUUCAUGGCGUUGCCAAUGGACAUUGGUAACAUCAUCACGUAUAUCACUGAGAAGGAGCCGCAUCGCAUACUGGACAUAAGAGAGGAAGCGCUUGGCCUAGUCUGCGCUUGGAGCAAUGCGCACGUGACGAGUGUCGAGCUCGACAACAACGAUACGGAGGCUUCUUCGGCUCGGAGCGGAAGAUGGUUGGUCGUGGAUGAGACCGGAGGCUUGCUGGUAGCCGCAUUGGCAGAGCGGAUGGGAAUACUUCACAAGACAGAGCUUCCCAGUGAGGGAAAGGCAGAACCCACCACGUACGGCACGGAAGCGCACGAUACGAGUGACAAUAACGACGGCGGAGUGUCGCUACGGCCGGAAACUGCAGAAUCCACUGGUGCGGAGAGAUCAAUAGCAAACGGCACACCGAAGACGGAGCAUGUGCAUCGCGACUUUCCAACUCCGGCACAUGGCAAUACAAUCACACUAUUGCAUCCAGCCGUGCAGCCCAACAUUUCGAUUCUCAAGUAUUUCGGCUAUGAUUCAAACACACCGGACCCAGCACAUCCCAUGCACACCCACCUCAAAUCGCUUUCGUGGCUUCAACUUCUUCACCCAGAAGAAGACCCGACCUACCGCGAGCCGGAAGUUGUACCUGAAGCACAGUUGACCAAGUGGAAAAGCGGCAAGCGAGGAACUUACUGGAAGAAGCGGCGGCGCUGGGAACGCUGCAAGAACAUCGUUGACGAGGCUAGAGAAGGCGGCUUCGACGGGCUAGUAAUCGCUUCGAACAUGGAUCCUGCGACUAUCCUACCACAUGCGGUACCUUUGCUGCGAGGCGGAGGAGAGCUGGUCAUUUACUCACCAACGAUCGAACCAUUGGUCCAGCUCAUGGACCUGUAUAGCAAAGAGCGGCGUACCGCCUACAUUAACCUGCUCGCGAAGGGCGAGAUGCCCAGUACCGAAGACUUUCCGGUGGAUCCUCGGCUGCUGCUCGCUCCGACGCUACAGACGAGCCGAGUGCGAGAAUGGCAGGUCUUGCCCGGUCGCACGCAUCCGAUGAUGACGGGCAGAGGUGGCUCCGAAGGCUAUGUCAUGACUGCGAGACGAGUGAUUCCACUCGAAGGUGGCGUCGAGGCGAGAGGCAACUUCUCUGCGAAGAGGAAACGAACAGACACUGCAGAUGCGACUUCUGCACCGUGAGCGCUGUAUGCCAUAACACACUACCCAUAUGGGAACGGCAAUCAGCAGGCUAGCGCUUCAGUACCCGAUUUAAGAACUGUCUCUUGGGGUUCGCCCAUCACUUGCACUUCGAAUGCUUCCUUUAACAUCGUGUCGUCAACAUUAGAUAUGAAGCGGUUUGUGGUCAUGAAUUUCGCCGAUCAGGCUUAUGAUAGACCCAUGGCCUUCCUCACCCUGGCUACUGUCCCAGAAGCACUAU